AUGGAAGAUGGAACCGGUGUUCAAAAUAAGGAGGCCAAACCCUCUGAGAACGAAGAAGUUCAGGAGGAGGGAAACCCCCCUGAAAAUGAGGACAAAAUUGAAGGAGCCAAUGUUCAAAAGGAAAACGCCGAAAGCCUUGUGAACGAGAACAAAGAGAAAGAAGACGAAGUUCAAAGUGAGGAGGCCAAACCAUCUGAGAACGGGAGCAAAGAGGAUGGAACAGAAGUUCAACAGGAAGAUGUCAAAAGUGCCGAGAACGAGGGUCAGCUAAAAGAGGAUGGAUCUGAAGUUCAGGGUGAGGAUGCCAGAGACCCAGAAAGUGGCAGCACAGACACAACGGCUGUUGCAUCUACACCGACUGAACAUUCUUUGAAUGGGAGUUUUAAUAAUCAGACAAGUUUUUCGCCAAACAAUGAUACUUCUGAUCCAACAAGUAAUGUGCCACCGGAACCGUCAGAUUCGUCAUCAUUGCCGCCGCCAAUUGCUGGGAUGUCCACAGAACCAAGUGAACCGUCAACAGAAACAACAGGACAACAUACCGGACCACCAAGCGAGGAAACCAAAUCAAGUGCACAAACAACAACAACAACAGUUGCAGCAAGUACAGAAAGUAGUGGCAAUCUCUUCCUGAUUGUUGUCAUCAUUUUCUUGGUUCUCCUGUUGGUAGCUAUUUUUGUCUGUUGUUGUAUGCUGAGGAAAAAGAAUCCGGAAGAUGAUAAAGAUUUGGAGAUGCAGGAUCUCGCAUCCGAUGGUGGUUCGUCCAAAACUGAAGGAUCUGAACUUGGCAAGAAAUUAAAAGGCGCUGCAAGUGAAGUGAAAACAGAAGAGAAAGAAGAAGAUGAAAUGGAAACGGCGCUUGGAGUGGGAACCGAACUCUUCUCUUUUGCUCCCGGAUCUGACGACACGGCAAUUUCAGUAAAGGAAAAAACAGCGGUUGAAGUAAGCAAACGUUUGGGGAGUGGGUCUGCUGUUGGUGGAAGGAGUAAUAUGAAAACAGCUGUGCUUAGAGAUGAAUUGGAAGAUGAUGAGGCAGGGUUUGAAAAUGCAAAGACGGCUGUGCCUGGAGAGGGAAGUGGAGCUACAAAGACUGCAGCCGCACCAGAUGCCAAAGAAUCGUCCGUAGAGGACAAGGAAGGAAGAGGAGGGGCAAAGACAGCAAUUAGUGGUGAUGAUACAACUGGAGAGACAAAAACUGAUGAAGAAAAGAAGGAAAAUGAAGAAGAGAAGAAAGAAGGAAAGGAAGAAGCAGCUGAGGGAGAGGAAGGCUCGGAGGAAUAA